AUCUGCCACACACUCGUUAUCAGAGCCGUACACGGGGCGAGCCCCAAAACCCCUUUGGGAACCAGAUGCUUCUGCAGGGAGAGCUUGGCCAUGCCCAGCCCUGCCAAGGAGCCCUGCGGGGUUUGCAAGCUGCGGCCAGUGGUUCCUGACGCUUUGCUCCCCUCCGCAGGGCAACACCUUCCGGAUGGAGGGUCCAACCGGCACCCCCACCAGCCAGCCCUGUCCAGGAGCCCAGCCCCAGCCUGAGGUUCUGGAGCCCAGCCCGUGCCGGGAGACCUGGGCCGGCAAGUGCAAGUUCCUGGUGUCCUGCCUGGGCUACUGCGUGGGGCUGAGCAACUUCUGGCGCUUUCCCUACCUGUGUUACCGCAACGGAGGAGGUGUCUUCCUCAUCUCCUACUUCAUCAUGCUGCUCGUCACGGGGCUGCCCCUCUUCCUGAUGGAGCUGAGCCUGGGCCAGUACGGGGCCGCGGGACCCAUCACCGUCUGGAAGUGCUGCCCGCUCCUGAAAGGCGUGGGCAUUGCCAUGCUGAUUGAGUUCUCCCUGGUGUCCCUCUACUACGUUGUCAUCAUCGCCUGGGCUAUCUACUACCUGGUCUCCUCCUUCCAGAGCCCCCUGCCCUGGUCCUGCGAUGCCCCCAGGAACGCAGACCUCUGCCAGAACACGUCGGGGAGCACAAGCCGGGUCAGCGCCAGCGAGGUUUUCUGGAAUGAGCAGGUGCUGGGGGUGACGGACAGCUCCGGCCUCGGGGACCCUGGCACCGUGCAGUGGCCCCUCGCCCUGUGCCUGCUGACGGCCUGGGUCCUGGUCUUCCGCCGCAUGCUGAAGGGCAUCCGCAGCUUCAGCAAGGGAGUGUACUUCAUGGCCACCUUCCCCUACCUGAUCAUCCUCAUCCUCAUCAUCCGUGGGGCCACGCUGGAUGGCUCCCUCGACGGCAUCCGCUUCUACCUGUCCUCGGACUGGAGCAGGCUGCAGAGCGCCCAGGUGUGGAGCGACGCGGCCUCACAGGUCAUCUACUCCCUGGGCAUUGGGCUCGGGGGGCUGAUGUCCAUAGCCUCCUACAAGAAGUUUGAGAACAACAUCAUCCGGGACACCUUGAUCAUCGCCAUUGGGAAGUACCUCACCAGCUUCUUCACCGGCUUCGCCAUCUUCUCGGUGCUGGGGCACGUGGCCUGGAGGAAACAAGUCCCCGUGGACAGCGUCGCUGACAUAGGCCUCGGGUUGGCAUUCGUGGUGUACACUGAAGCCUUCUCCUUGCUGCCUGGCUCCCUGUUCUGGUCCAUCCUCUUCUUCCUGAUGCUCUCCAUGCGGGGAGUGGACAAUUUGUUCAGGGCCAUUGAGGGCAUCGCCACAGACAGCCUGGACAGGUUCCCAGCCCUGCGUGACCAAAGGAGGAAGACGGCGUUGCUGGGUGCUCUCUGCACCUCCUUCUACCUGCUGGGGCUCCUGCUGGUCACCCAGGGAGGCAUCUUCUGGUUCAUGCUCCUUGACACGUACAGCACUGUUUUUGGGCGGAUCGUCGUCGCACUUUUUAUGUGCCUGGGCAUCACCUUCUGCUACGGCGUGAAGCAGUUCUGCCAGGACAUCAUGGACAUGAUCCGCCAGUGCCCGGCCUGGUACAGCCACAUGCUGAACUACUUCAAGGUGUGCUGGAUCUUCUUUACCCCCUGCCUGCUGCUGAUCACGCUCAUCUGGAUCUUCCUGGACACGUACAGCGUGCCCCUGUACUACGACAUUGCUGAGUUCCCCGGCUGGGCCGUGAGCCUGAGUAUCUGCAUGGGCGUCCUCACCUGCCUGCCGAUCCCACUCUGGGCCGUCGUGGCCCUGUGCCGCGUGUCGGGGUCGCUGAGCGAGCGCUUCCAGAAAGCCACCCAGCCCCUCGACUCCUGGAGGACCGCUGCCGCCCGGGACGUGGCCAGAGAUGUCAUGUACAUGUCGGCCAUCAUCACUGCACCGCCCCACGGCAGCAGCGAGGACUGAUGCUGGCCCCGGGGCACCCCACGGCCUCGCUCAGAGCCCCCCGGGAAGACGGGACCCGCUGGCCAUGGGGACGCCCGCCCAGGGGCUGGCUGCUGGUGCACGUGGCUCCCCUUGUGCUGUCACCGUCACCCAUCCCGGCAGAUGGUAACCACUGAUCCCAGCGCGUAUUUUAACUCUUGUUCCUGGAAACGUUCUGCACGCUCCAGAGGUGUUUCUAGGGGACUCUCUGUGAGCAGGACCGGCUGCCGGGGCCGCGCUCCAGCCCUUCGCUUGCCUCUGGGCAGUUGUCACCUCUCAUUGGAGGGGUUUGGGGUGGCUGCGUGCGUCCCUGGCCGCGACCCAGCGCUCUCCUGGCGGGGCAGGCUGCCGGCAGCGUCUCUGCCAUCUGCAGCCGCCUUGUGCAGGGGCCAGGCUGGCCGAGCCCACCGUGGUGGUGGGAAUGGCAUGCUGACCCCCGGGGUGGGCUCUGGGCUGGGGUUGUUCCCAUGCAUGCCAGUGCCUGCGGAGGUGCGUGUGCCAGGCGUACACGCAGCACAAGCAGGGACGGAUCCAUGCCACCAUCCAGGCCGGCUGCUGCCGCUGCGCAGGCUGGCAACGUCCCUCAGCAGGGCUGCACCGACUGCCCCGCCGAUACACUGGAGCCUGGCAGAGCCUGGGUGCAGAUCCUUUGGGACGGGCCUGAUCCUGCUUCCGCGCCCUCACCUGGGCGCAGCCCCCGUGCUGCCUGGCUGUGGGGUCCCAGCCCACGGAGCCUCAUCCUACUGCCCUCCGGCUCAGCGCCGGGCUACCCAGUGGCAUGGGGGGACCAUGUCCUGCUGGCUUCGGCUGCGGGAGCAGAGGGGCAUGAGCAGGGAGAGGCUUUGAGGGUCUGAGGUUGCCCUGGGCCAGGUCAGCAGCUGGUUCCUUGCCAGGGAAGCUGAGGGGUCCCAGGGAAGUGUUUUUCACCUGAUCCCAGCGACCGUCUGUCCUUCCUGCGGGUCUCUAGCCUGGCAUCGGGGCAGCUGCACCCUCCCUGUGCUCCUGCUGGGUGAUGUACAUGGGUAUGUUUGGUGGGGUAGCUGGGCAGGCUGUUGGGGACACAGUCCCCAGGGAGCCCCCCACCCCACCAGCAGAAUGGACCCCCUGCCCCCACCUCCAGAUGGGACCCUCACGCUGCAGCCUGGGAAGGGCAGGAAGGAGAGAGCAGCAGACGCCGGCUCAUAAAAGACGCCUGUUCCGUAGGCUCCCCCGUGGGCUCCCACCUCCACGACCUUCCAUACAGCCUGGGCAAAAGUUCGAAGAGGGAAGAAAGGACCGGAAAAAAAAAAAAUUAAAAAAAAAAAACCCCAAACCUAACCCCACAUUGAAAGCAAACCCAAAUGCCGCGUGGCUGAGCAGAGGCAGGAGUAACUGGAAGCCAUGCACAGCAAAGCCAGGGACUGCAGCAGUCGGAAGGGGAGAAAGGGCGGCUGUUCUCUUUUGGGGGAGCGGUCGUCGUCUUUUCUUUCCUCAGAGAUCAGGAAAUAAAUAAGUUGAAAGAGC